AUGUUGAAGGAAAACUACACAGCGGUGACUGAAUUUAUUCUGCUGGGACUGACAGAUAGAGCUGAGCUGCAGCCUGUUCUUUUUGUGGUGUUCUUGGUCAUCUAUCUUAUCACAGUCAUUGGCAACGUGACCAUGAUUUUCUUAAUCAGAAUCGACUCAAAGCUGCACACCCCGAUGUACUUCUUCCUCAGUCACCUCUCCUUUGUAGAUCUGUGUUACGCCACCAACGUGACUCCUCAGAUGCUGGCUAAUUUCUUAUCCAAGAGAAAGACUAUUUCCUUCGUUGGCUGUUUAAUACAAUUCCACUUUUUCAUUGCCCUCGUGAUCACAGAUUACUACAUGCUCACAGUGAUGGCUUACGACCGCUACAUGGCCAUCUGCAAGCCCUUGUUAUACAGUAGCAAGAUGUCCACAUGCGUCUGCCUGUCUCUCGUAGCUGCUCCUUACAUUUACGGUUUUGCAAAUGGCCUGGCACAGACCAUCCUGAUGCUCCAGCUCUCCUUCUGUGGACCCAAUGAGAUCAAUCACUUCUACUGCGCAGACCCGCCUCUCUUGGUCCUUGCCUGCUCUGACACCUAUGUCAAAGAGACUGCCAUGUUUGUGGUGGCGGGUUCCAACCUGACCUGUUCCCUUGCCAUCAUCCUCAUCUCCUACGUUUUCAUCUUCACAGCGAUUCUGCGUAUUCGCUCUGCAGAGGGGAGGCGCAAGGCCUUCUCCACCUGUGGGUCCCACCUGACAGCUGUCACGGUCUUUUACGGGACACUGUUCUGUAUGUAUCUGAGGCCCCCUUCGGAGGCAUCAGUGGAGCAGGGGAAAAUUGUCGCUGUGUUUUAUAUCUUUGUGAGUCCUAUGUUAAACCCUUUGAUCUACAGCCUGAGGAACAAAGACGUUAAAAUGGCAAUAAGGAAGGUUAUGCAAAAGGAAUUGUUUGUUAAAUAA